AUGUCUCUUCGCCGCGAUCCCGCUCUGCUGCUUCACGCGCAUUUGUACGCUUCUGGCUUACAUACUUCGGCGACGAACAAGGCUAACAAUAGAGUACGGGGCAGUAUGGAAGAAGACCUGGCAGGGUUGUUCCGCUGCCGCGACUGCUUUGGCGAGCGUACGCGAGAUAGGCGUCCGCGACAAGGUGAUCUCAUAGCGGUCAAGAAUGACUUCGGUGAAAAAUGGCUCGCUGUCAUUAAUCGAAUCAUCUUUAUCGAGGUCAACGGCAUCGACUCUAUUCCCGCUUGGUCGGUAGGUCACCUGCGAGAAGCCAUCGCGGACGGGAAGGUGCGCAACGCUGACAUACUCGAGCAGCAGCUUCGAGGCAUGCCAUCCGACUGGCAUUUCGUGGCUGUCAAUCACACCGACACCGUCUACGCUGAUGAUCAGCUGAUCAGCGGCGUUACGAAGGGCGACAUGUAUCGCUUGGGAUAUCUCGAUCCCGAGUUCUACCUCCUGAUCAACGACGUGGACGGCACCGAUGUCAACGAUCCCUUGCGGGAGCGUGAAUACGUCCUGGCCUCACGCCUGGAUAUAUCGGCCGUCCUUGCAUACUGA